AUGGAAACCUCGCGUCGAGGGUUUAGUGAACUAUAUACAUUCCUGCGAGAUGCGUUUCAACAAAGAGGCCUCGUCAGCAUUCCUCCUGAGGUCCUUCAACUCUUCAAGCAAUGCCCCUUACAGGAUAUCGAUUGUCCUGAUAUUGCCUCUUUCGCGAAACUAUUCGAGGGAACUCGUUCAAGCAACCGCUUCCGCCUCGAAGCCAAUUCUUUCAUCUACACUGUACAGAUUCUGUUCCAUUUACGCCCAAACCUGGUUCAGGAAAGAGUAUUACAUUCGCUCAUGGUCUCUGUGAGACUUCUCAAGGAUGAAGAGGAAGCCACCCGGCAACUUUCUGAGCUGGCAGGAAGAAAAAUCGAUCGCUUUGCUGUUGCAAAGAAGAGAGCAAUCAUAUCGAACAAAUUGAUCCCAUGGCUAUUGAAGCAUUUCUCGCAAGAUUCCACGAUCGUACGGCUUAAAGUCAUGGCAGCGCAAUUUCUCUUCCACCUACUCCAAGGAGACGCAGAAGCCAAAACUAUUCUCAGAUUUUGCCCACCGAGAGACAGGUGCUCAUUGGGAAGAUCAAUUACCGCAUCUUCUCAUUUCCCUGUACGAAUCCUGGCGGUGAAUCUCCUACGGGAAAUUUCCCUUGCGGAUAUUGAUGUGCGUCUGUUCUGGUCACCAGACUUGCUCGGCAACAAUGAUCCACGCCCUCCUUCCAGCUUCAUUGCCGAUGUCCAGUGGCUUGAUGAUACUGUCAAAUACCUGCGUGAUGUUGAUAAUCGCCAGACCAUUUCAGAUGAGAGCCGGGCAAGGACUCAUCAGAUCCUGUCUCUCCGCGCUGGGUCACUCGUAUUAUCAGACGUCACUUCGAAAAUGCUAGUCACCGUCUCUGAGCGACUCCUCUUCAUAAUUCCUGCUCAUCAGAACAGGCCACUACAGAUCCUAGAGAUUCCGCUCAUCGUCAAUAUGGAGUACCAUAGAAGCGACGGCACUGUUACACGCUUUGACAACACGGUAGCAGAGGCGGAGCUGCAAUUGCAACUACACAAUGCAGGUUUCUAUAUCUUGAACGGUUGCAAGAGUGCCAUCGACCAGGUGAAUUUGCGCUUUGUAACAGACGAGGAUUGUAAUGGCUUUUGCCAGGCUAUGGCCGGUUCACUAAAAAAAAUUUCGGCCGGUGUCCAGACUUCGGCUAUUGAACAGCUUGAUGUGGAUAUAGUUGGGAUCAGGCCUCGACCAAAGAAGCAAAGUCGUGCCGUAAUGAUCGAACUUUCGCAAGACGCCGUCGUCAGUGGCGACACUCAGGUAUUAUCACGCACUCCUCAAGCGCCUCACAGGGUCUCUACUAGUCUUCGUAUCGAUAUGUCAGCAACUUCUGAGUCGUCAAUAUCACCUAUAUCUCUACCUAGUACGAAAGCGGAAGAAGCUGUACCCGGAUAUCCGAAAGAGGACAACGAAGACCCUUCGCACGAUAACCAACAGGUACAAAAAGAGCUCCAUCAAAAUGCCGGUGGUGAGGCUGGGACAGGUUCCCGUACUGUGGAGAUCGCUGAAGAUAGCGGUAGUAUGAGAAGAGCAUCGGAUAUGAAAAAGUCGCCAGAGAAGUCAAUCGCGCCUGCUGAUCCAGCAUCAACCAGCCAAGAAAGCAUCAUAGCAUACACUACGGGGGGCCACCUUCCGCAACAGACGCAGCACCGCAGACCUACGAAGUCCAAGAUCAGAUCUCCUGUCCAAACUCCAAAUCUUCAGCAUUUAGCUCAAAACGCCCUACAGCAUUCGGUGGAGGGCUCGAUUACCACAAUCCUGCACCACACUGAGCCAACUGCCCGGUCACAAGAAACUAGCCACUCUAAAGCUGCUCAAGCAAGCAAUGACGCGCCGCCGCCUCCGCUACCAACCCUAGCGAACUUGGGCAAAAAAAUGGCACCGAAACCGGACUCCAUGAAGCAGGCAGCCUCUAGCGCUCUACCAGACGUACGCAAGCAGAACGAAGCAUCGAGAAGCAGGACCAGCAGGAGUCACUCGAAACCUCUCCGUGCUAAGAAUACAGUCACAGUAGGUGAAGCUGCGGUAGAUUGGGAUGAGGAUCUGAGAACAGAUCAAGACGACAAGGAUCACAGCAAGGUUUCCGAAACUUCCAAGACUGGUAAACCUCGCAGUACAAGGAACGGUACCAAGAAGACUGCCGGCACAAAGACUGCAUCUAAGCAUCCUCCUUCAAGGAAGAAAGGACCGAAGAAAGAUAAUAUCAAUGGGGAAAGGUCGGAGGCAGCAGCUGCCAGCGCAACCCUCGCUAGUACACGACCACGACGGACUGCAGCAAACGUAUCGUAUAUUGAGCAAUCAGAGCAAGAGGAACAGAGUCAACGUACAAUUGGUGAAACAAAAGACAUGGAUAUUUCUGCCAGAAGACGCCAGACAUCGGCGGUAGCAUCGUCACCAAGCAUGGACAACGAUCCAAACCAUCACCAAACAGUUUCUGUUGAUGACCAAGAGCAAGUUGGUGCAAAAUGUGGCGCCGGUGCUGAACUCGGUGACCCUCCCGCAGAUACGGAAGUUGUCGUCGAAGUAUCUCGUAGCCUCGAAGGACUUCCGGCCACAGACCAGCUUGGCACGAAAGCAGAAAUGAAGGAUUCGAAGAAAGGUGCGUCAGAUCUAAUGAGACAAUCACAUCAUAAUCAAAACGAUGGAGAUGAUAAACCCGACCAUGAUCUUCCUCAGCAUACAGGAACGGUGGAAGUCGAGGUGGUUGACGACUCUCAUCCCAUGGACAAACAGAAACUUGCAGAAGUGCUCGGUAACGCUAGCAAAAGCUUCGGGUCAGUCCUCAAGGAUGUCAUGAAAGAGAGUGGCAUGCAGCCAAUUGAGGCCCCACUUGUUGAAGCCAAGAAAAAGCCUUUUGGCGAUAAACCUGCUUUUGUUAAUUCGGUCAAAUCUGCUCUGAAACAGACGCCAAAGGGACAUAAGAUACAAUCCUCUCGACCUGGCACGACGAAGCAAGCUCAGACAGCUUCUACCACAAAACAGGGGAGUAAUUCUGCAACACGACGUGGACAGGCGAAUGAGAUCCUGCAAUCAGCUCGGUUGAGUGAUCAGACCCGGAUGGAAGAGUCCACCUCGCGCCAAACGCUCGAAGGUCGAGUUAAUCUGGCAGUUGUGCAGCCGACUACGAAUGCUUCCAUGCCAAAGGCUACCCCAGAGCGUUCUAAAAGGCUCAGCAAGGCUCCUACAGGCGUACAUCAAAGACCUUCGGAUAUCAAUCAAUCUAGCCCUACCAAAGACAGCGUGCUCUAUGAAAACGACCACAAAACCACUCCAAAUUCAGCUCCUGUGUUUGCGAAGCAACAGCCGUGGGUAGAAGAUGAUAGUCCAGCUCUGAUUAUGCCAUUAUCACCUGCUCCUUUAGUUGACAAGCGGAGGCCAUCAGCAGAAGCUGGAAGCUCAGCUGUAAUCUUACCACCCGACCGUACCCCUUCGAUCGCGAACGAGAUAUCGAUUCCAAAGCCUAGGAAUGCAGCUCUGUUUCCAUCGUCAAGCAACAAAGAAGCUGAUGUUGGCAAUGACGGGCGGAAGAGGAGCGCUUCUCCAGCGGCUGAGAGGCGGCAUGUCAAAAGAGCGCGAAAGACGGAUCCAGUAUCUGGGAGGAAUCAAGUUGUUAACAAGGCGACUCAAAGGUCCGACUUAACACCGCAGCUCACUGCCAGCAUUCCAGGUCAUGGACUAAGUACCACGCCACGUAGCUCAGAGCCAUCAAUACAACCAAAUAGAAAUAUCGUACCAAGUGACAGGGCCCUUGGAACCGCCAGGAUGCAACGCACACAGCAACCUGCUGAUAGGAGUGGGACGCAGGUUACUUGUCCUGGUGUCAUGGCCACGGAAAGUUCUACAAAACUCGUCGAGUCCAAGGCCCAGACUCCGCGACGCGGUAUGGGUUUGACCUACCUUCCAGACCAUCCAGACCAUCCAGACAUUCCGGACAUUCCGGACGAUCGUCUUCACCGAAAAGCACAAAUCAUUGUAUUUAGUGCAAGAGGCCCACGAAACCAAGGUACUAUAUCAUCAGACAGGCGAGCACACAAUCAAGGUCAGAGCAAUUCUGUACCAACCGAAACUGGCAAACACUUGGCCUUUAAGAACCUUCAUAGUGAGUCAAGAAUUGCGGGGCCCACCAAGAGGAAAAUCCCAUCUCAAUUUCGGUUAUUUAGAGGUGAUGCGAAGCGUAAAGUCGACUUUCUGGUUUCUGAUCCGGAAUCAACUGAUGAUGGACUCGAUCUUGAUGAGGAAAGCAUAGAGGAUGUCGCUCUUGCACCCGCCAUUUUGGAUCUUGAAACUGGUAAGAGCGCCUCGCAGACCUCUAAAGUAGACGAGAACGGGAGUCCUCGUCUUAAUGUCCCCCGGCCUUCUCAAAUUUCCAAUCUACCUCAUGACUUUCGAACUCUUGAUGACUCUGCUGAUCUCGAGGAGAGUAUUGGGACCGCUUCAGCCUUCGAAACCCCUGAAAGUGAAGGGCUCAAGAGCAACGGAUCUGCCGGUUUUGGUCUGAAGACAGCGGUUUCCCAUUACGCCGCCGCAAACGCGCAGAUGAUUGUCAAGAUGAAAAACCCUCCAAGGAGAGCAUCCAUUGGCGUAGGGAAGUUCCUGGAUCAUAGUUUCCCUCAGGCCAGCAAGAACAUUGAGAUCAAGGUAUUCAAAGCGUCAAAUUCCCUUGACGAGGUUGGUCCGAAGAGAGUUCCCAGAAAGACGAAACCUACAGAUCAAUUUCAUCAUGAGCGGGACUCGGAUCCACUCACUGUAUCAGUGCUACAAGGACGUCUCAACGACACGACCUCAGCCCUCCAAGAUAAGACGCCUUUGUUUGACAUUGAUCAACUCAAUGUUAGUGUUGCUAAUGAGCAGCUGGAUUCUGCUGCUUCUGCUCGUGUUCGAAGGCUGCGGUCGAGCACUCCGUCAUCACCGGAACGGGAAGCGCUCGACGUAAUUGCUUCUCCGCCUUCAUUCAAUACACGAUUAGGCAAGAUGAUCAUGCCCCCACCUUCGAGGAAGGAACAAAACAUAUCAGUACGCGGUAAGGAACAGGAAAGAGAACUGUACCUGCGACGGGAGCAGUCUACGUUGAUAGAUGCAGAGACGACACUAGUUGACGCUGAAGCUUCCGAAGAAGAGAAGCGUCUAUCUUCACCACAAGCGCAGCAGCUUUCAUCCCCAUCCUCAUCACCAUCAGAAGAAGACGAUGCCCCGGUUCCGUCGUCACAACAGGUCCCCAGCAAGAAUCUUCAUGUAGAUCGCAAAUUCUGGAACGAGAAGCUAGCCGAGACACAGCAAACAGUAACGGAGAUCCUUGAGCAAAUUUCUCAGAAACUUCUCUUACGUUUCUCAAACGCCGAACAAGGUAUCAGGUUCAAGAUCGAUCACUAUCACUACGGCGGCUACAAGAUCCUCAACAACUUCGUCGAGCAAUUUGAUGAUCGCGUUACCCAGGAGAAGGCCUUGCCAAGUCCUCGGGUAAAUGCAUACCGGAAACUUUUGGAUGAUGCGAUCUGUCGGCUUCAGCAAGCGAAGGGAAGUAGCCGGGCAGGUCCUUCGUUACAUGAUCUGGAGAAGAGCCGCAGCAGGCGGAGCGAGUAUGUGCUGGCGAAUUUGGAGAAGUUUGCCGCUACACACGCAUCUUAG